AUGUCCGGCCCUUUCGGUGACAAAUCGUGGCGAGACAGUACCGAACCAGCAGAAUCAGGGUACUCGUCGUCUGUACACGAGGCCCCCGUCCAUCCCCUUCCUCAGCUGCAAGGCCCGUUCGAAGAGUCCAUUACCGAGGCCGCCGAUGGCACAUUGGCCCAGUGGGAGGUGGUCAUUGACACACAGUCUCGGCGAGAUCAGAUUUUGACACUGUCCAAGUAUGAACGCCUCUGUGGUAGGCGAUGGCGCCAGAAGCCGAAUGAAAAAUACCACCCUCUCUGGAAGCUCGUCGCCCAGAUAACGUUCGGCCUGCAUUUACUAGCCAAGGAUCUGGCUAAAUCCAAAGCCGACGUCAUCAAAAUCCUCCAAACCCAUGUGUCCGAACUCGAUGGCUUUAUCGAGCGAACAACUGACGAUCUACACCUCGCGCGCAAUGACAUCAAAGAACGGUUUGAUCUCCUUCGACUUCCGCUCAACAACAUUCCCAUAUUUGGUCAGAUGUUGGACGACCCGACAUUCCGGCAGACCGUGAUGCUAGACAAUGAGCGGAUUGAACACAUUAUAAAGCGGUCUGCAAUGGCCAUGGAAGAUUCCUUAAAGGACAUAAAAAAGGGCGUCGAGUCGGUCAAUGGGCUUUCAUUCUAUAUCAAGGAUGUUGGCAAGUCAGCGAGUCUCCGACCUCCAGAUCUCAAUGCCGUGUGCAUUGCCAUGAUGGGCAAUGUCGAUGGGUGGAAUCGCGAGCUCACUCGCCUAAAGAAAAGCGCAUACAAGCUCGCUCUAGGCUUGACACAGCUCAACAAGCUCUCGACUGAGAUCCAACGACUUGUUGGUGAGGCUAGCAGGAAAUCUUUGGUCAUUCAGGAACCCCCUGUUAUUCCCCGGAGGCAAUCCCGAAUAAAAUUCCGCCUCCAGAGCCCCCGAGAUGGAUCACCCACGAUGCUAGAGAAACCUCUUCCUAGCUAUCCUGAAAUAUCUGACCCGCCUGCAGCCCAAUCGCAAAUCCCCUCAAUCUUGCGCCCCGGUCCUCAGCCUGCGCUUCGAGAGAGAGGCUCUCGGUCGAAUGAAGGCACUACUACAUCGAAGACUCCUACCUAUAGUAGAACACAUAAAGGAAAUGAUAUUAGCAAGGUUGAUGAUUUCAACAACACCUCCAAACGACUGGAUAGAUACAAACCGCGGCAGAGUUCUCCUGCUGCAUCAAGCUUCUCGUCUCAAAAUACACAAGAGCGCGACGGACGAGGGACACCAUCGUCGAAUCCCCCUCAGGAUGCUCUUUCACCCAUGAAAGGCUUUACCAAGAAGCCCUCGAAGAUGAAGAUUGGAUCCGGCCGCCUAUAUCGAUCUGCAUCGAAAACGUUAUCGGCCUUGUCCAACGUGCGAAAUGCUCCUGCUCCUAAAGUGGUCAGCCCUCCACCAAUGGAAACCUCCCCAACAGAGCAGCCUUCAGAUCUAUCUGAGCGCUCAUGGAUUGACUUUGACAGCCAAAUGGGCUUCGAUACCAAGACAAACUAUGAUACCAAGACGAACUUUGAUAACAAGAUCAACUUUGAUACCAAGAUGAGCUGGUCUCUUGGAAUGGAAGGCUUUGGCGAGACCCAUAGCUUUGCGUCUGCGCCCGACUUGCCUCCAGAGUUCCCUCAUUUGGAUUUCCUGGCCCUUUCCGACGACGAUACAACGAGUGAGGAUGAGCCAGAAGAUGAAAUAGAACGAAACUCGGACGCUGGAACCCAUAUCAGUGAUGAAGGCUCCCAAGUCACUGCAUUGCCCAGUCUAGGCUCUUUCUCAGCCAACUUCGACGACCCGACAUCUUGGUUUGAUGAUGUGGCAUCUACCUAUUCCGUCAAGAGCCGAAAGCGCAGGAAGAGACCAUCUCAUGAACCGCCUCUUCCGCAUAACAAGGUUGACGCUCUCGCCAAAGCUGGGCGUGAAGUAAACCCCCCGGCCCGUCCAAGCCGCUUCUUGCCAGGUCAAAAGGCCAAUCUUUUUUCCCUUCGUCCCAAGGGAGGGGCAGGUGCUGCCCCGAAACCACUCACCCUUGAUCAAAAUCUAUACGCAGUUCAGCCGGGGUGGACAUUUCCCCGAAAAUCAACCUCAUCACUAUCCCCUCUGUCCCCGACGUUUCCAACGUCCCCAACCAGCAACGAGAUGCCCGACAGUCCCCCAAUAUCGCCGGGCACGCCUUUUAGCCCCAUGUAUCUGGCACAAAUUUCUAGACUGAGCGCUGACUCGGACGCUGCUCCUCCUAAAGUUCAUCUCGAUUUGAGCGCUCCUACGAGCCCGGCCCCGUUCCUCACUGUUUCCGGUACCACCACUCCACGAAGCAAUGCGAAUAGCGAUAUUUCAACGAGAGAAGUAGCAGAUCAAACAGGCCGCCGUUUGUUGAAGCCAAAUAUCAAGAAAUUCGCAUCUGCCGCCUCCCUGAAUAAAAAAAAUUCGCGAGAGACAAAGCCUGGUUUACCUACGGGUAGGGUGUAUUCAAACCCUAUGCUUGCGGAUAGAUAG